UUUGUGGUUAUGACGUCAGGUCAGAAGUCAGCUUGCAUCAUGUUAGGGGAAAACCCUGGGGAAACCCUGGGGAAAGCCAGCUCAGCAACCCCCAGACCUUUGUGUAGCUUUAGCUGUUUCGACCCCGAGUUCGUUGAUGAUGAAGUGAUCCGUGAUCGGUGUGGAAGGGCGAGUAGCUAUAAAUGGAAGAACCCAAAAACCACGUCUUCUUUUGGCUGAUCUUGUAUCUGUACCAACUGAACCGGGGAGAGUGUCAGGCUAGCGAUAUCAAAGGCUGUGAUGUUGUUUCUGUUGUGGCGGUAGAAGAAGUCCAGGAUACAAAUGGCCUCAGAAUUUCUCUAGCACUCGUCACCGAAGACACAGUGGAGAGCACGGUGGUCACUGAGCUACCAGGAGCCACUGUAGCCCAACCAGAGUGCGGUCCCGACCUCAGCAGAUGUCCUCUCGUCUGCAGGCCAGGCCACUAUGACAAAGGGCCUCUCUGCCAGUUCCCUGUGAGAGUCAACGGCACGGAAAAUUUCCUAACACUCACCCAGUUUGAAAGAGUGGAUAGUCCCGAAGGUCUUCGGGUGAAAGACACAAAGUUCAUACCACCUGCCACUGCUUCGUGUGUUCCUUUAGUAGUGUUCAAAGGAGGGCCUGAGGCACCAGUAGAGAACCUAGUUCCUUGCCUUGAUACCACCGCAACCGACAAUCCCUUUCUCUACUUUGAGACAUUAGAGGAUUCCACUCUAAGGGCCGAUGAACUUGUGUCUGGGGAGUACGUCAAUGUUGAUGGGGACAUAUCCCGUGUACUGUAUGGAGAAAAUAUCAAAGGAUGUUCCCCAGAGCAUAAUGCCUUUUUUAAGGUGGGCCACAAGGUGUAUGUGUUCAGAGUCUUUGUUAACGGUGAAGCAAGUUUCCAUCAUGCGGAGAUUGAUAAUUGCCCUCUUGUGGCAGAUUUCCGGUUUUUCGAGCCUGGUCACGUUCAAUUUCAGUGCUCUCCUACUGACACUGUGUUGUACGAUCCGUGCAACUCGGGGGAUGUGGUCGAAAGACUUGACCUGACUGUGAAUGCCUCUGUUUUCCAGUGCCAGGAGGCUAACUUGAACAUUCGUCACUUUGAGGGAAAUCUGACUGUUAGUGUGUACGGUAGUGAUGCGGAAGACGAUUCAGAAAGCGUGAGUAUCCUUCCUUUCAAUGACACUACUACUGGAAAGUGUGUGGGUGGCCAGAGCCCGGUUUUGUUCCUAGCACGCAGCAAUGGUGAGACCUACUUCCUGGACCUCUCGACUGGCAAACUUCAUUUCCUUGCUUCAGACACCUGUGGCCCACACUCUUGCCUUGAACUCAGUGUCCUCCAUACAGAGAGUGGCCUGGUUGUGGGUGUCUUUGACUAUUCAACCAAUGAUUACCUUGUGUUGAACCUCGCAUGUCCCAGUAGUCCUGCAGUGUCUCGUGUGCACUACAACAGUCCUCCUGCCAGAGUUACUCUUGCGGCUAGUGGCACCACCCAACAAUGUCCUCCCUGUAAUAAAAGGGAUAUCCCCUCUGCGUCUUCAACCCCACUGACACCGUCUGGUGGUUCUGCCACUGGACCAGACGUCACAUCUCCUGAUGAACCGUCUAUUGCCACCCCAGACCAAGGGAACAAUCUCGCUGCUGCAACAGACAGUGGAACAUUAAUUGGUGUCAGUAUUGGGGUUAUUGUAACAGUGGUAUUAGCAGCAGCGUUAGUCAUUCUCUCUAUUGUGGCAUUUGUCUGGUUUCAAAAAUCCAAGCGUUCUUCUUCAUCAUCCUCUUCUAGCACUGGGGAAAGUGAUGUCACUGCUGGUGCUAGCAGAGAGGGUGAAGUUGAUUCUGCUUCUGGUGUGUCAGGGGCAUCUUCAGCUAUUCCAGUUCUUUCUAUUGGAGAGGAUGUUGGAGAUGCAGUAGUUGUCUCUCCCAGUGAAGCUGAUGAUCAAGGAGAGCAGAUGGUCAUGGUCGCCACCAGAAAUACGGCGGACAGAACAAGGUUCACGCCUGGGGAGGUCCGAGACAACUACGAUGAGCGGACCGAACGUGAACAAGAUUUUAAUGACAUGGAACACAAGUUGAGGAACAUGUAGUUAUAUAGCUUAGUUUGUGAACAAACAAAACUAUUUAAUAGUGCGCAUGCGAGAAUAGGUUGCACCUAUCAGAAUGUGCCGUUUUAUAUCCUAAAUAAAGAUAAAGAAGUUCAUUAGUUUUGGAGCUGUGCUUGUUUUUCAUCAAUAUAAUUGCCUUUUUCACGACAAUCAUUUCUUCUGUCUUCAGUCCUCUGACGGUCACGAAGGUUUUCAAAAACUGUACGUUUGUCAAUAAGUGUGGGGUUAGUCACUUUGCUCUUUCCAUGGACAACAUCCACACAGGCACCACCAGUAUCUUCAGGCUGGGCAGCAGCUACAAUGUCACCUUCCCCACCAAUUUGCCCUGCUUCUGGACAAUCAACCUGAGCUUCUUGAUGAACGAGUGCAAUUCUGCCAUCUUGACAUGCCACUGGGACUGGUGCAAAACCAUCCUGACCAUUCUCAUCCCCAUUAGCUUUGUGUGUGUGCCUCCUUAUCACGACGAUAGCAAGGACCAACAGGAUAGUCACUACUAAAGUCAAGACUACUAAAGGAACGACAACUGCAACAACCGUAGUAAUAUUCGUCUCUCGUGUUGGUGUAGGAUAAGGUGAGUUUGUAGUCCCUAUAAUCACGGUGUUUGGUACUGCUGUGGUUGCUGGUAGCAAGGAAGGAGCGUUUAAGAGAGCAAAUAAAUUUGGUUGUGGACUGUAGAGUUCAAAUACAACUGAGUUGCGUGUAAAAGGGUGUAUUCCUUUGGCAAGUAUUAGCUGGCUGUCCUGGUGAAACUCCUGGAUCACAAGAAUGUCGCUGACGUUUCUAAUGGGACUACAGCUUGGGCCCUGCAUACAGCCAUGUUCAGACACCCUGUGAGGUACGGGUGUGGUAGAGGGAGAGAGGUCUAUGACAAAAAUCUUCCCAGUGUCGUCUUGAUAGGCAAACCAAAGAUUGCUCGAGCUGCCAGAGCAGAGUCCAUGACGAAAGCCGUCUCCCUCCAGUUCAUAGUUCAUUCCCCUGACAUGAAACUGGUUGGUUGACUCACGAAUAACCACCUCCGUCUCAAAGUCUGGACAACGAUAAGGUAAUCCUUCGCUUAGUUUGAAGGAUUUCUCUUCGUAGGUAUUGUAGUAUAUUCCACGACGUGAGCAGGUUUGAUCCUCUGUACAGCAAGAAAGAUGGACUAGUAGGUCAGAAGGAAGAACUACGUAUUGAAGAAACGUAACAUUGGUGCAUUCUUCAUAGCCCAAGGAAUACAGGGGCCGUUUGUGUUCUGAAGGAUCAAUGUGUGCGACAUUACCAUCAAUUAUGACAAAGAAGCGUUGGUCGUUUUGUUCACGUUGAGCAUAUACGACGUUUGUGAAUCUUUCCCCAUUCAACGUAGCGAAAUUUUCAAAACUCACUGACGAUUUUUCAAGGGCACUCGUGUUGAGCGUUAUCUCGUACAGUUGCAGUGAGCUAGAGUCAGGACCCGUUUUGAAGAUACACACCGAGUAUAGAGCGUUCUUGAAUCUAUGGAUGAAUAGGGUCUGACAUGACCCCUCAACACCGUCCAUUUCCAUGGGCCAAAGUUGAGUGGCCCAUUCUCCUGUGGCUCCGCUGUACUGGACCUCCAGCACUCCGAUCUCUCGCGCCAGGGGCAAUAGAAGGGCGUAGCGUACGGAAUCGUUGCCAGUCGUCAUGUUUUCCACCCAAAUCUCGUUCGUGUUGAGGGGGGAGAGAAAAUAGCCGGCGAAAUUCCGCUGGUGUACGACGCUAUCCCUGUCACAGGCGACCUUUAUUCCAAUUCCAUCAGUAGCAUUACUGACAACCACAAGGCAGUCGCUCCAGACGUGGGGCCAUAGAGCAGUACCUGUCGUAGCGGCCAAGACAGGCAGUAGAAACAACAUAGGGAGUUUGGCCAUACUGUAAAAGGUCUCGGGAGAGGACAAUUUCGUGCCAAACAGAUCCGAAUCUUCGAUCCUGCUUUCAGUCACCGGCUAAGGU